AUGGCAUGCGCCGUCUCAGUCUCGGGAGUUGCAGUACGGCCAAUAAGUGCUGGAGGCCACCACUGGGGCCGAUUGGAUGCGCUUCCCGCCUCUUUCAGUCUCUCAGCUGCUCCAUCACUAGGUGCCGAAGCAUUGGCAGUGGAACCUGAGUCGCCAUACACGGAAGGGUCUGCCCAGGGACCUUAUGGGCAAGCGGAUAGUGACAACGACGUUUGGGACCUGGCUUUUCUAGAGGAGCAGCUGCGUGAAUCUUCGCGGUUGGGGAACACUGCCGCAAAGGGCUUCACAAGCUGCUCUGUUUCGUUCUCCGACGGAUACGCAACGUCUCCUGUCGUGGAAGUAAAAGGGGAAGGAGCAGGGCAAGACACCGCCACUGCUGUAUUCGUCGACGAGAGCGCUCGCUUUUGGCUUCACGGGGUGAAAAGCGGGGUUCAAAUUCCUUCGAGCUUCCGCUUUGGGACGGAGGAGCCAAACGGAGAUUAUGCAGAUAUCCAUCCACCAAAAGGCAGUGGGGAACACACCUACACCGUUGUACUCUACGGAGGGACUUUGGACUCAGGGCCUUUGCUCUCAUCCCUGCGAAAAACACCUUGGCAUAAUAGGAAACGUGCUGUUGGAUCGUUAGAGGCCAUUGAGAGCGACUUUGUGCGGCGAAAUGCAGGAAAGUCUGUGGAAGAGCUGUGCAGAUGUUCAGUAGUGGUCUCUCAUGAAGAUAUUGCCAAACAAGAGUGA